UUGUGAUUAAAUUGGUACGAAAAUAAUUGAGAAAUAAUGGAACUCCAUUGGAAAUGGCGGCAUUCUUAUUCACUCCACAAGCUUCUCUAUUUCCGCUUCCAACCAUUCAAUUCAGGCUUAGGCGCCCCAGUCCCCGGUCAAUUGGUGUGAUUAAGCACAGCACCCGGUGUUUCUCAAGUGACCCAGAUAACAAUACUGGUAAAUCCUACAAGACUCAGACUGAGACCCCUCAAGUUUUGAAAAUUGUGGUCAGUGGAAUCACCGAGCUUCUCAGGCUCCUCUCUUUUUCCCAACAGUCUUCUAGAAUGAACGAGAAACAAAUAGAUGAGUUUUCAGCUUCAAGUGUUGAUGAUGUACUCACCAUACUCCAAUCUGAUUAUCAGAAUGCUUAUUUCGUUACAGGGAUUUUUUCUUCUGCAAUUUAUGCUGAGGACUGUAUCUUUGAAGAUCCAACUAUCAGAUUUCGUGGUAAGGAGUUGUAUUCCCGCAACUUGAAAUUGCUUGUUCCUUUCUUUGACUCUCCAUCUAUUGGAUUGGAAAACAUUGAGAAGGAUCUCUCCUCCGAAACAACAUUUGUGGUAGCAAAGUGGAAAUUAAGGACCUACCUGAAGCUUCCAUGGAGGCCUCUUAUUAGCAUCAACGGAAGUACGGUCUAUGAAUUAGACGGCGAAUUUAAAAUUGUAAGGCAUGCUGAGAGUUGGAGUGUUUCUGCACUUGAAGCAAUUGGCCAGAUAUUUACACCUACCACUGGACAGCCUGAUGACUAACAUAAUUAAUUUAUUAUUAUUAAUUAUUGAUCGUGAUUAGUAUAGUAACAAAAAAGUAAAUAUAACGCUUGCUUAUAUCUGAUUUGUAUGUUUCUGUGAAAUAUUUUACUAUUUUUACAUUAUGGUUUAUAAAGGUCGUUUUGUUGUUAAUAUAAUCAUAUAUAAUGAUGUUAUGUUUAGUUUUUUUGAUUAGUUUAAUAUAUUAAGCGGGUCCCUAUAGCAACUUAUAAUUAACGUUGCGUUUGUUGGUGA